AUGGAGACGCUGACGACGCUGCAUUUUUUUUACUUAGGAGGGUCGAUUCCGUCUAUUAUCCAGCGCCAUGCCGGUUCGCUGACCGAUUAUUUGAAAGCCCUGCUGGCGCUGUUCAAGGAGUACGAGUCGAUAAAAGCCCAGUCGGACCCCACUACGUCGCGAACAAAGAGUGUGGUGGGUGUUGGAAGGAGGUUGUUUAGAGCUCGGGUCAAGUCUGAGACGUCACUGUCGACUGUUUCAUCGUCCACUUCACUGAAUGAGCACCAUUUACGGGCAGGACGUAACUCGAGCGGAUCUAUUCCCUCAUCUUUGGCGUUUAUUCCUUCACCAACAACCAGUUCAAUUCCUGAGUAUUCGUACCUCAGCGUAUGUCACCUACCAUUUGUGCCAGACCUGGCUCAAACGUUUCUCUGCCUCUGUGAGACUCUCAUCGAAGCCUAUAAACACAUUGACACGUUAGUGCCCAAUUGGCAGGCAGUGCCUCAGGAUGUCCAGGAGCUCGUAUCUAAAUUAGACGAUAAAGUCUAUAAGAACGUUGUAGCACCAUCGCUCAAGGAUAUCGAGACGCCAUUCAGAAACGUCUCAUAUACUGAAUCACCAUCAUCUAAACUCAGCAGUCUUCUCUCACGAGCCUAG